AUGGCGGCGGUAGACUUUUCAAACGUCUAUUCCGCUACCUAUAGCAGCGUCCCGGUAUAUGAAUAUAAGAUUGGCUCUGACAGUAUUAUGCGAAGGCGAUCCGAUGACUGGAUAAAUGCCACGCACAUCCUCAAAGUAGCAGGAUUCGAUAAACCAGCGAGAACUCGUAUUCUCGAGCGCGAAGUGCAGAAAGGGGUUCAUGAAAAAGUCCAGGGCGGUUAUGGCAAAUACCAAGGGACAUGGAUUCCCCUGCCUGAAGGUCGCCUACUCGCCGAGCGCAAUAACAUAAUCGACAAACUACUACCCAUAUUCGACUACGUAGCGGGCGACCGCAGUCCUCCCCCAGCACCCAAGCAUACAGCAGCUUCAAAACCAAGAGCGUCAAAAGCCAGCAACAGGAAAGUUACAAAUGAAGAGGUCUUUGCUGCAAAACCACAUCGAAGCAUGGGACCGCCGAGUUUCCACCAUGAACAAUAUGAAAUCAACCCUGGCUUUGAUGAGGACGAGUCUAUCGAACAAGCAACACUCGAGUCAUCAUCCAUAAUAGCUGAUGAAGAAAUGAUAUCAAUGUCCCAAAAUGGCCCCUACUCGUCAAGGAAACGCAAGCGAGGAAUGAAUGAAGUGGCCGCCAUGUCACUCAGCGAACAGGAGCAUAUCCUCUAUGGAGACCAACUUCUGGACUACUUUAUGACUGUUGGUGAUGCUCCAGAAGCAACGCGUGUUCCACCCCCACAGCCGCCGGCUAAUUUCCAGGUGGAUCGCGCAAUCGAUGAUUCAGGAAAUACCGCCCUCCACUGGGCAUGUGCAAUGGGUGACCUGGAGAUCGUUAAAGACUUACUGCGGAGAGGAGCAGAUAUCAGGGCAUUGUCUGUUCAUGAAGAAACACCACUCGUGCGUGCUGUUUUGUUCACGAACAAUUACGAAAAGAGGACAUUCCCCGCGCUUUUAGACCUACUUCUUGACACGAUCUCGUUCAGGGAUUGGUUUGGUGCUACAUUAUUUCAUCAUAUAGCACAAACGACAAAGAGCAAAGGGAAAUGGAAGAGCUCUCGGUAUUACUGUGAAGUGGCAUUAGAGAGACUGCGCACCACGUUCUCCCCAGAGGAGGUUGAUUUGUUGUUGUCCUGUCAGGAUUCAAACGGGGACGCAGCCGUUCUGGUCGCUGCGCGCAACGGGGUGUUUCGCUUAGUCGAUUUACUUCUUUCUCGCUGCCCAAGAGCGGCUGACCUGGUCAAUAAAAGAGGCGAAACUGCCUCCAGCAUCAUGCAACGAGCCCACCCUUUAGAGCGUGACAUCCCUCCACCCCCGUCAUCCAUCACUAUGGGAAAUGAUCAAGUGGAUGCUGAAGCUGGCGUUCCCACCAGCUUGGAACCACAGUCCGUCACUACGCAACCUGAAGCGUCUCAUGCUACUGCGCAAUUACUAUCUCGAAUUGGUGUAAUCAUGGCAGAGGCAAACAAAAAGCUUGCUUCAAGUUAUGGCAGUGCAAAACCCAAUCAGCAAGACUCGGAUGAUGUUGCCAAUCCAGAAGCGCUGUAUGGGCAGCUAGAGUUAGACCGGCAGAAAAUCAAGAAGCAGUACGAUGCCUUGGCUGCCAAAGAAGCUGCGGAAGAAUCGAGUGACGCACAGUUUGGCCGAUACGAACAAUUAAAAAGCAACUACGAGUCCCUGCUAGAGCAGAUGCAACAAUCCCGCUUGAAGGAACGUCUAGCCUCAACUCCAGUUCCAUCCCAGAUAAUAUCCCCGUCGUCGAACGAGCAGGCCAAGUUAAUCACCUCCUUCCAAUUAGCUCGCGCACUGUGUUCUGAACAAAAGACAAGACGUGUUGCUGUGAAGGAGCUAGCUCAACAAAGAGCCGAUGCCGGCGUCAGCACGAAAUUUGACAUACAUCGCAAGCUCGUAGCACUUGCCACGGGCCUGAAAGAAGAGGAGCUCGAUCCAAUGGCAGCAGAAUUGGCUGAAACCCUUGAAUUUGACCGAAUGAAUGGGAAGGGUGUUGAUCCUGAGUCACCAGACGCAGAUCAGAAAGACUCGGCCUCAUUACCUUUUCCAGGGCCAAUAGUAUCAGUGGAUGCUUAA